CACCAGCUAUUUUCACAAUCGAUCUCUUUUUCUUGUUCUUCAAGCCUUGGCUAUUUUCACACUCUCUCUUUCCGAUUCCGAACUUUACCUUUUCAGCUCAUCAUCUGCAGCAAGUUUUAUUUGGAGGUAAAAUGACGGCUAAGGCAACAAUGGAUGUUCCCCAAAAAGGUGGGUUUAGUUUUGAUUUGUGUAGAAGGAAUGAGAUGCUGGUCAAUAAAGGACUCCGUUCUCCUUCUUUUCUCAAGACUGGUACUACCAUCGUCGGCUUAAUUUUUCAGGUCCGUUCCCCUUUUUUAAUUUCAAGAUCUUGCACCUCCUACAGCUUACCGCAUAACUGUUAUUCUCUAGACAUGGUCAGUUCCCAGCUGAAGCUUCAUAGGUUUCACACUGGUCGUGAAUCCAGGGUUGUGACAGCUCUUACUCUUUUGAAGACUCACCUUUUCAGCUACCAAGGCCAUGUCUCAGCUGCUUUGGUCCUUGGUGGUGUGGAUGUCACAGGGCCCCAUCUGCAUACUAUUUAUCCACAUGGAUCAACUGAUACUCUGCCAUAUGCUACAAUGGGCUCUGGCUCCCUCGCAGCAAUGGCUAUCUUUGAGUCAAAAUACCGGGAAGGGAUGAACAGGGAUGAAGGGAUAAAGCUAGUAGCAGAGGCCAUAUUGUCCGGAGUAUUCAAUGACCUCGGUAGUGGCAGCAAUGUUGAUAUCUGUGUGAUAACAAAGGGAAACACGGAGUACUUAAGAAACCAUUUGUCGCCUAAUCCCCGCACCUAUCCACAAAAAGGUUACUCAUUCCCCAAAAAGACUGAAGUUCUCCUUACAAAGAUUACCCCAUUGAGAGAGAUUGUACAAGUAAUUGAAGGUGGAGAUGCCAUGGAAGAAUGACUUGUAUUGCAAUGAUAAAAUCCAUUCGUGAACUAUUAGUGUCAAACAAUUACAUGAGUAUUUUAAGUGUUGAACAAUCUUCAAUUGCAUGUCUAAAUGAAGUACUCUGUGUUAUCAGAUGUAGCUUCCAAAGAAACUCCUUGCUAGAAAACGAAUGAUUGGUUUGAUUUGAAGAAAGGAUUUUGUUGUUUUUGUCA